AUGGGCGCGAACUUCGAGGAGAAGGACGCGAAAGUCACUACCGCCGUCAGCGCUGAUGGCACCGUUGCCGAAGCAGAUGGCCUCCCUCUGGAGGCCGAGCCAGGCCAGAUCGUCGCUGACUGGGGCGCCGACUCUGGCCUCUCCCGUCGUCUGUCCUCGCGUCAUCUGCUCAUGAUGUCCAUGGGCGCCUCGAUCGGUCAAGGUCUGUGGCUGGGCUCCGGCUCGACCAUCAACCGCGGUGGUCCCGUCGGUUUGCUUCUCGGCUACAUGAUCUCCGGCUCCGUCGGCUGGGCUGUCAACCAAUGCAUCGGCGAGAUGGCGGUGCUGUAUCCUGUCCCCUCGGCCUUCCCCCAAUGGACACGCAAGUUUGUCGACGCCGCCCCAGCCUUUGUGCUCGGUUGGGCGUACUGGUUCGCGAUGGCCAUCACCAUCGGCAACGAGCUGCAGGGUUUGACCACCGUCGUCAAAUUCUGGACCGACGCCGUGCCGACGGCCGCCUGGUUGACCAUCUUCCUGAUCUGCAUCCUGCUCGUCUGCACGUCCGCCGUCGCCAUCUUCGCCGAGGCCGAGACCGUCAUGACCAUCAUCAAGUUCACCUGGGUCUUUAUCGUCCUGAUCGUCUGUAUCGUCAUCUCAGCCGGUGGUGGCCCCAAGGGUGACCCCAUCGGCUUUCGAUACUGGAACUCGGACCCGUUCAACCACAAUGGCUUUCAUGGCUUUCUGAGCGUGUUCCCGACCUGUAUCUUUGCCCUGGGAGGCAUCGAGUUGACGGGUGUUGUCGCCGCCGAGGCCAAGAACCCUAGCAGGUCCGUGCCCAAGGCGGUCUCGGCCGUCUGGAUCCGGCUUAUGUUCUUCUACGUCUUGGGCAGUAUCGCCGUCGGCAUCACCACCGACCCCAACAACGAGGAUCUGUUCGGUGGCAAUGGCACCAAUGCCUCGCCUUUUGUCAUUGCCUUCCGCGACUCCGGGCUGCCGGCUCUCGCGCACGUCAUGAACGUCAUCAUCCUCAUCUCCGUCUGGUCCUGUGCCAACGCCUGUGCCUACGGCGCGACUCGCACCCCUAUCGGUCUGGCGCACAUUGGUAUGGCGCCGAAGAUCUUCCUCAAGUGUGACAAGUGGGGCAGGCCGUGGGGUGGUAUCAUCAUCAGUUUCUUGUUGGGAGGUGGCCUUUGCUACAUGAACGUCUCGGAAACCGCCGCAACGGUCUUUGGCUGGCUCUCCGACCUAGCGUCUCUGGUGACCCUGUACUGCUGGGGCUUGAUCUUCCUCUGCCACAUCCGUUUCCGCGCCGCCUGGAAAGCUCAGGGUCACUCACUUUCUGAGCUGCCCUGGACGACCCGGACAUUCCCGUACCUCUCCUACUACGGCCUGGUCGUGUGUGUAGUCCUGAUUGUCGUCGAGUUCUACCUGGCCGUCUGGCCGCUGCACGGCCCGACGACCGCGGCCAACUUCUUCGCCAAUUACAUGUCUAUCAUUGCGAUGGUGGUCAUGUAUGUCGGUGCCAAGAUCUAUUAUCGCGGCCCACUGUGGAUCAAGGCUGAGAAUGUCGAUCUGGUCACUGGAAGGAGGUAUUAUGUCGAUGCCGAUCCCGACACCGACAACUUGAAGAAGAAGCCCAAGGUGUCUCCGUGGAUGUUCUGGAAGGCUUUUAUUGGCGAGACCAAGUUCUAG